AUGCCGGCUCCUUAUUCUGGACGCUGCCUUUGUGGCGGUGUUAGUUUGACCAUUAAUGCUGAGCCAGCCGUUGUGCUUUCCUGUUUUUGUACUCACUGCAGCAAGGGAGCAGGCGGCGCGAACCAAGUCAUUGCGAAGUUCCCUACAAAUGAAGUUCAAGUCACUGGACAGGAAAACCUCUCCUUCUAUACCCUGAAUGACACUUCUAGCGGCUCUCCCAAGGAGAAGGCCUUCUGCAAGACAUGUGGUUCACCAGUAUGGACAGUUCCCGGUCAGGCCAAGGGCAAAUUCGUCAUUAUCAGAACUGCAAUUCUAGAUUCCGGCUUGGAUCUCAAACCAAACAGCGAUCUAUUCGUCAAAAACCGCCCAACAUGGAUGAGCCCGUCGGAAGGCGCAUCACAAUGGGAGGAAAUGCGGAAGUAG